CAGCUAGCUAGCCUGCAGCAGUAGUCUCGGUACAAGCCGAGGCGAGGAGCUUCGUAUAAGGGGAAAGGGGGAAAAAAAAAGGAUUCACUCAGCCCAGACGGAAUCAUGGCUACUGAAACAGUAUCUUCUUGUACUGGCUCCAAUUUAUUGCAGCCGAUCAGCAAGAUUAUCAACCUUCCUCUUGACCAGGUGAACUUCGUGGUGUGCCAGCUCUUUGCCCUGCUCACAGCCUUCUGGUUCCGGCUCUAUCUCCACCCCAAGAAGACCAGCCCUGUGGUGCGGCAUGUGGUGGCCACGCUACUGGGCUUCUACCUGGCCCUCUUCUGCUUCGGCUGGUACGCCUUACACUUCCUGGUCCAGAGCGGGCUCACCUACAGUAUCAUGAUCUUCGCUGGACUGGAGCACAUGCACAGGUACUGUUUCGUGAUGGCCCUGGGGUACCUCAGCUUUUGCCAGAUCACACGGGUCUACGUCUUUGACUACGGCAUGUACUCCGCUGACUUCACAGGGCCCAUGAUGGUCAUCACUCAGAAGAUCACCAGCUUGGCGUUUGAGAUUCACGACGGACUGUUCCGGAAGGAGGAGCAGCUCAGCCCGAGCCAGAAAAUUCUUGCUGUAAGGCGAAUGCCCAGCCUUCUGGAGUACCUGAGCUACAACUGUAACUUCAUGGGCAUCCUGGCCGGCCCCACGUGCUCCUACAACGACUAUAUCGCCUUUAUCGAAGGCAACGCGUACCAGCCCAAACACCUGGAGUCCAAUGGGAAGGAGAACGGGAAGUACAAGCAGAGCGACCCCUCGCCCAAGAAAGACGUGAUCUACAAGCUGUGCUCCUGUGCCGUGUCGCUGCUGGUCUACCUGUCCGUCUUCAGGAUAUGCCCCGUGGAGCGCAACAUCGACGACCACUUCAUCGCCACCACGCCCUUCUACACGCAGGUGCUCUACCUCUACCUGUCCAUGCUGGCCACCAGACCAAAAUACUACUUCGUCUGGACUCUCGCUGAUGCCAUCAACAAUGCCGCUGGGUUUGGUUUCAAUGGUUACAACAAAGACGGCACACCCAGAUGGGACUUGAUAUCAAACUUGAGAAUACUGGACAUCGAGUUUGCCACCAGCUUUAAGAUGUUCUUGGAUAACUGGAAUAUCCAGACAGCCCUAUGGCUCAAAAGGGUGUGUUACGAGCGCUGUCCCUACAACCCCACGGCAGCGACCUUCCUGCUGUCGGCCAUGUGGCACGGAGUGUACCCGGGCUAUUACCUCACCUUCUUCACUGGCAUCCUGAUGACCCUGGCGGCCAGAGCGAUACGACACAAUGUCAGACAGUACUUCCUGGGUUCCGCCACACACAAGCUCAUCUAUGACGUCAUCACGUGGGCGGCGACUCAAAUCGCCAUCUGCUACACGGUGGUCCCGUUCGUACUGCUGGCAGUGGGCCCGUCGCUCAAGUUCUACAGGUCCUGGUAUUUCUGCAUCCACCUGACCUGCCUGCUGAUAGUGUUUGCUCUACCAGUGAAGCCCAGACACCUGCGGCUGAAAGAGCAGCACAGCAGCCUUCAGCAGGCCCCCGCCCAGACAGAGGGCGCCGUCCAGAACAGCCACUCCGCCACGGACAACAACUGCAACCAGAAACGGAAAGCCACAUGAGGGAGGGGGCGACGCGGUGGCCGUGCAGAUAACUUUUGAACACUGAGUCGAGUGCGGAGAUUUCCUUUUGUUUUUUACAGACACAAACAGUUCAAAGCAAGACAGACUAAACAAAGCAACAACAAGAAAAAAAAAAACCUUCAACCUUCCAGUAGCAACAACACUCGAGAGCGAGGAGCUGACACAGCACCGUGGCGGAGCGAAACCAAAUGGCGAGAUUUAACGAGUAAUAAUAACACUACAUGGUGAUGGGGAAUCGGAAUGCCGGAUUGCAGAGGAAUGCAAAAUAACUUAAAAAAGAAAAAAUACAGAAAUAGAGAAGAAGUUGCCUUAAACCCUCUAUGUACUCCACAGGAUCAGGGCUUGACGGUCGGGUGUGG